AGAACGACGCAGUGUAGUAGGCGGUCCUUCUUUGUGUGACUCGUAGACGCCACACUAACUUCGCUAACUGUGGGAAGAAGUGCUGUCGUUCAUCAUCUUUUCGUUAGAAGCGAUAGAGUUUAAUAACUGCAACUAGACAAAUUUUAAAACUUAUAACUUGGUUACGAAAUAAAACAUUUCCUUUUGAAAUGGCAACGGGAGCUAAUGCGACCCCUCUGGGGAAGCUGCACCCGAGUAUCGGCGCCAAACGAGGUUUCGAAGCCGGGCCUGGUGCUGGGUUAAUGGCUUCCCCCGGCCUUCCGGUACCUUUUCCACCGCCCAACUUCCAGCCGCCACCGCCGACUUCUUUCGCCGCACCAUCACACCAGUUCGCUUCGACGGCUGCUUUUGUUCAGCCACAGCAGCCGCAACAGGGCGGGAUGCAAUCACCGUCAGGUGGAGAUUCUGCGCAGAAGAAGGCUCGGAAGAGGAGCCGCUGGAGCAGCGAGACGCCGGACCAGAAGACGGUGAUCCCCGGCAUGCCCACCAUCAUCCCGCCGGGCCUCACCCGCGAACAGGAGCGGGCCUACAUAGUCCAACUGCAGAUCGAAGACCUGAGCCGUAAGCUGCGUACAGGAGACCUGGAAAUCCCCGUUAACCCCGAGGAAAGGUCCCCCUCCCCAGAACCCAUCUACAACAGCGAGGGGAAGCGGCUCAACACCCGUGAGUACCGCACCCGCAAGAAGCUGGAGGAGGAGCGGCACGCCCUCAUCACCGAGAUGGUCCGGCUGAACCCCGAGUUCAAGCCCCCCGCCGAUUACAAGCCUCCAGCCACCAGAGUCAAUGACAAGGUGAUGAUCCCUCAAGAUGAGUACCCGGAGAUCAACUUUGUGGGCUUGCUGAUUGGACCACGCGGCAACACCCUGAAGAACAUCGAGAAGGAGUGCUGCGCGAAGAUCAUGAUCCGCGGGAAGGGCUCGGUGAAGGAGGGCAAGGUGGGCCGGAAGGACGGGCAGAUGCUGUCGGGCGAGGACGAGCCCCUGCACGCCCUGGUCACCGCCAACACCAUGGAGAACGUCAAGAAGGCUGUGGAGCAGAUCCGGAACAUUCUGAAGCAGGGCAUCGAGACACCGGAGGACCAGAACGACCUGCGCAAGAUGCAGUUGAGGGAGCUGGCCAGGCUGAAUGGCACCCUGCGUGAGGACGACAACAGGAUCCUGAGGCCCUGGCAGAGUUCAGAACCCCGCAGCAUCACCAACACCACCGUCUGCACCAAGUGUGGGGGCGCUGGCCACAUUUCUUCUGACUGCAAGUUCACCAGUACCUUUACCCCGCGGACAGGGGAGCCUCAGUCUGCUCAGGACCGUGCGCGUAUGGAUAAGGAGUACCUCUCCCUCAUGGCCGAGCUGGGCGAGGCCCCCGUCCCCUCCUCCUCUGGGGGCCACUCCCACAACCCCUCCAGCGGCCGCGGAUCGGGGCCCAACAGCAGCGGCCCACCGAACCGCCCGCCCUGGAUGUCGUCCGGCCCCUCUGAGAGCAGGCAUUAUCCCAGCAUGCACAGUGGCCAUGGCGGCCACGGCGGCCAUGGCGGCCACGGCGGCCACGGAGGCCACGGAGGCCACGGCGGCCACGGCAGUCACGGCGGCCAUCACAGCUUCCCGCCGCCCGUGCCCAGCAUGGGGGGGCACCCCAUGCCCCCCAGCCACAACGGGCCCCCUCCCCCGUGGAUGCAGCCGCCCCCUCCCCCGAUGAACCAGGGCCCCGGGCCCCACGGACCCCCGCCCAUGGGUCUGCUGCCCCCUAUGGGCCUGAUGCCGCCACCGCCGCCGCCCCCCAACGGCCAGCCGCCCCCUCCUCCAUCUGCUCCCCUGCCUCCAUGGCAACAGCAGGCACCCCCACCUCCCCCUGCCAGCAGCAUGGGAACGAGUGCCCCGUUGCCCUGGCAACAGAAUACCAUCACCACCUCCAGCCCCGGCUCGGGGAACCUGCCCCCCUGGCAGCAGCAGCAGUCUGCCGCCGGAGGCUCCGCCCAGCCCCCGCCUCCCAUGGGCACCCCAUCCAUGGUGCCCCCUCCCCCGGGGGUCCAGCCGCCCCUGCCCCCCGGCGCACCGCCCCCGCCUCCGCCCCCGCCGCCCGGGUCAGCGGGCAUGAUGUACGCCCCCCCGCCCCCGCCUCCGCCCAUGGACCCCACUAACUUUGUCACCAUGAUGGGCAUGGGGGUUCCGGGCAUGCCCCCCUUCGGGAUGCCCCCGGCCCCGCCCCCACCACCCCCACAGAAUUAAACCCCUUUUGACCCAUCCAACCACCCGGUCAUAUUAGGCUUACAGCCACGGCAGCACCCAUACCCCUGAACCCACACACACACACACACACACGCAGGCGCUCGCACACACACACACACACACACCCCUUGGGACUGCCUUACAGGAGACCACCUUUGAAACGGAACAAGCUGUUUGGGUUCAGCUGUUGAUCUACACAAUGCCAAGGUCUUCAUUUUUAAAAGAGAAGGAAAGAAAAAAAGUACCUGUAAGCUCUUUAGCUCCGUUUUGUUUCCGUUUUUUUUUUUUUUUUUUUUUUAAAUAGUGUUCUGUAUUUGCUUAGCAGACGUCGUUAUUCAGGGGGACAUCUAUGACGUGCUUUUAAAACGAGAAAAAACUAAAAUCUGCUAUCCAGUUGUGCGGCCUGGGUGUUUAUCUAAUGCUGUUCAUAUCGGGUAAAUCCUUGAAUGAGGUCUGAACCAACGACCUUCUACUUUUACACAGUUUCCUAGUAACCCUACUGCCCACAAAUCCUUUACCAACCCCCCCACCACCACACACAUACCCCCUUGUUGUGUCUAGAUUGUCAUAAUCUAUAAGCCCUUUUGUUAUAGAGGUAGGUAGUUUAGAAAACUGCUCUGACAACAAGAAAAUAAAUAAAUGUGACUGAAUGAAUACAUUUUGCUUAACUUAUUGACUGUUUUAAAAGGUUAGGCAUUAUUGCUGGGAUAAAACUUUUUUUCCCCCAUCAUACAGUGCUGUUGAGUGAAUAUCCUGAGAAUGAGGAGUGUUCUCUGUAGUGCAGGGUUUCAUUUGAACAAAUUUGAGUUUAAAACUUUAUAUUUUCACAGAUCGCCCAGAUCAAAUACAGGAUGAUGGGGUCUGUCGAUUUCAGUUAGUGUGGAUAUCUUUUUUUGUUUCUCUCCAUUUCCUCUGGUCUCCCUGCAAUUUAAUAAAUAACCUGGUUUUCUUAAAUCAGAGACUCUGCGUGCGUGUGUUCACUUUUGAAAUGAGUGAGUGUAGAGCUUCAAGCCUUGCAGUACAGUGGUUUGUUCCCUGAGCAAAUUGCUUAUUUGCUUUUCUUGUCAUUUCUGUGAUUAAACCAAGCCGUUUUUAAUCAGUUUAUGUAGAAAUGUUUAUGACUUUGUUGAAACGGGUGUGGGGAGAACAGGAGUUCAAGCUGUGGUUGGUCUGUUUGGACGUUUCCAAUUUAGAAUAAUUAGUGAGGCCCUUGAGGGGUAAACAAACAAACAAAAAAAGAAAAAGGUUGAGCUAUAACCACAGAUACUUUGUGCCGAUUUAAUGGUGAGGUCUGUAUUAACGUUGCAGGUUCUGACUCUGCAUUUGAAUCUGAAACGUUGCCAUUUUAUGCUUCCUAUGAAUGGUUUCGAACCAUGAAAAACACCGGUGUCGAUGUGGUGGGUUCUCUUUUUCCACUGGGCAAGCUUAAUGUAUAUUCUUAAACCAGUGCAGCAUUGGAACUGACGUUACCGAACACAUCCUCCUUAAAAUGGAAACCCCACCUUUUUGGCUUUUUCCAUUCAUUCGUUUGCUAACAGGCCUAGAAAACAAGAUUUGUAUACCUUAGUCAUUCAAUGAUGUAAAUUUAAGCGCCUAAGUGCUGAAAUGCAUGGAAAACCAGCGGGCACUGCGGCCCUCUAACAUUUCAGUUUGAGAUCCCCGUCCUACACGUGGACGCAGAGCAUGCGAGGAAUGCGGGAGCUGACCAUCUUGAUUGCAAUAGACGAUCUUUGCUGUGACUCGUGAAUGCUGGCCUUGCGCUCAAAUUAGGGGAGGGGGAAGAAAAGCCUUCAUCCAGGAGUUUGAUCAUUGGUGUUGGAUUUGGGGAAAGGGCCAGGUGAGAACCUCAUGAGUUUGCUCUUGGUGCACGAAGCAUCCAGGCAGUGUCUGCAGCGGGCCAUCAUUGGAAUCGGACUUGCUGUUUUUCAGCACAUUGAAGGCUUUUCUUUGUCAUUCUUUCUUAAAGCGGAUCGGGUUCAUGUUUUUCCUGCGUCGUGGAGAAAUAAAGAACGGAGAACCAGAAAAGAAAACGAGGUUAUUUUUAAUGCGUGCCAUUAGCCAGGCCGUUUAGAGUUGAGGCAAAUUAAUUUAAGAAUCCCCCAAUGUAGGGAGCUUUGUGAAUGGGGUCUCUUAAGCCUUUAUUUAUUUGGCUUGAGUGAAUAGAUGUGAAAUAAUGAUGAUUCUGUGCACAGUGAGUAAUUCUGCUGCAUGCCUUGAAUGGAGGCCUCUGCUGCUCUCUCCAUAUGAGUCUGGGUGCUGACUGAAGAAGAGUAGUCCUGCCAUGCUUUGGCACAAAUAACUGCAUCUUUGGUUUUAUAAACAAACACCCUACCGUGUUGAUAUUUUUAAUGGCUGUACAUUUAUCUCUUGGUUGUUGGAUAACAUUUAAGAUUUGGUUUCGUAGCUCAGAAGAACUAGAGCUAGAUUUUUGUCUGCCCUAGUCAAGUGCUUUUUGCUUAUAUAAAUAUGCAGGGCUUGAGUUUGUAAAUGUCUUUAUUUUUAUUUUUUUUGACAGUCAAGAAAAGUUUUAUUUUUACAAUUGGAUGAGAUGUUUCUGCCUCUGUAAAACCUGAACCAUUGGCCUUUUUUAUUGUGUAAUCAUUAGCAUUUUAUGUAAGUUAAGCAUUUAUUUUGAUCUCCGUUUCCCUCUGUAGCAAUGGAGUCGGCCUGGGAAUGCAGGUGUUUUUUUUUUUUUUGUCUUCUCUCCCCCACCCCACCCCAAACUGGAUAUCUGCUGUGCAACGUGGCUCACCCAUGUGGCACAGGCACGUUUCUCACUUCGUACCGAGCGAUUUCCCCCGUUUCACAUUUGUUUCCCACCUUGCUUCUGUCCUUUGUCAGCUGGUGUCGAAACAAAGUAAAGAUGAGAUGUAUGAAUUUAAUGUGUGUGUUUCUGAAUUGGGCUGUCAGCUGAGUGCUUUUCCCAGUUCUCUCUCAUUUCUUUGUGGUAAUAUAAAACUAGUUUUCUACAAAUCAAGCCAGCCCUUCUGUCCUGGUCAGAUCUUAGGUCCACUGACCAGUUGCCAUACAGAAUUUCUGUCUGCCCAGUUUUUUUUAUUUAGGAGAUGAAAAAAGGUAAUCAUUUCAACAUGGAAAUAAGCUAUUCUACAAGUUUUCUGGUAACUGGUCAUGUGACCCUCACCCCAAUCUGACUUCACCACCAGCACGGCUUGUUGGUCAUAUUUCUUUGUGAUCUCUGCACCAGAAAUCUUGCCUGCCGUGUUUUCAGUAUACCUAUCAUUAAGUUGUUGCCCCAUGGAUAACUUUUGUAUGUAUAUAGUACACAUGAAUAUGUCACGUACACAUUGGUUCUGUUAUCCCUUAUUUUUUUCAGCUGUAAUAAAGGGGAAUAUAAUUACAGAAUAUA